AUGAACGACUGGGCCCCCAUAGCAAAGGAGUAUGACCCCCUCAAAGCCGGGAGCAUCGAUGGCACAGAUGAAGAGCCCCACGACCGUGCCAUAUGGAGGGCUAUGUUGGCACGCUAUGUACCCAACAAGGGAGUUACAGGAGAUCCUCACCUCACCCUGUUCGUAGCAAGGCUCAAUCUUCAGACAACAGAAGAGAAGUUAAAGGAGGUCUUUUCCCGGUAUGGAGACAUCAGAAAGAUCCGUCUGGUUCGAGACCUGGUCACGGGAUUUUCCAAGGGUUACGCAUUUAUUGAGUACAAAGAGGAGCGUGCUCUCUUGAAGGCCCACAGAGAUGCCAACAGGCUGGUUAUUGAUCAGCAUGAGAUCUUUGUAGACUUUGAACUGGAAAGGACUCUCAAAGGAUGGAUUCCUCGGAGGCUUGGAGGCGGUUUUGGAGGCAAAAAAGAAUCCGGGCAGCUACGGUUUGGAGGACGGGAUAGACCUUUCCGAAAGCCCAUCAAUCUGCCAAACAUGAAAAAUGAUUUCUAUGGAGAAGGAUCAGCAGAGAAAAGAAACUGGUCUCGUGAGGGAACAAGGGACUGGAGAACGAGGGACCGAGACCAUGAUCGGAGCAGAGACAAGCGAUGGCCAGAAAGGGAACGGUCGUGGGCUUGGGGUGAAAGUGAGAGAGAGAGGGACUCCAAAGAGGAGAGGAGCAGAGGGAGGGAGAGGAAGGACAGAGACAGGAAGGACAGGGAUAGAGACCGGAGCAGGGAAAGAGAUACCAAGAAACAAAGAGACGAUGAUAAGCAUCGGUAGGUGACAGUGCCUUGUCCUUGGUGUCUACUUUUACAUCCACAACGUUUCCGUUGCAGAUGUUGCCUUCAGCUUGGGGCUGUGAGCAGCAUUCCCGGA